AUGCCGCAACGCCGGAAUCGAGUUGAACGAGGAGGAGAUCAGAAUGGGCCCCGGCGUUGUACUUCGAGAGUUGCACGCAUGCUGGCCAAUUCGCCCUCACUGAGCCCACCACCACGACCACCACCACCCCAACCAAGGAAGGUGAAGAAGAAGGAGAAGCCGCCGCCCAAAAAUCCCAGAAAGCGUACUAAGACCACACCAAAGAUAUACACACAGCCAUACGUGGACUCAUCUGUAGUUCCAUGGAAGAUUUGGGUCAAAGGAGGAGAGAACAAGCAAUUAUUGGGCAAGUAUAUAUGAUCAAGAGCUUCUCCAACGAUCGCAUCUAAAACCCAUUAAAUGUAGUUUCUAAAAUCACUGGAAAGCCAUUUUCACUAGGAACAAAUAUUCCCGUUAAAGAAAUAGCAACAGAGCCAUUUGCGGUGGAGAAAUUCCCUAUGGAGACUGUAAGCAACACUUUGUUGUUCUUCUGAUCAGUUCCAGGUUCUUCAAAGUGUAUCUUGUAUUCACGCAUAUCUGCUAACUAUUAAAAGUGGAUAGAAAUCUUCAAGAACUUGGACGCUUUCACUGCAACCGUCUUCAAGUGGACAUGUAAAUUUGGAAAAUUACUCUUCGAGGAAUAUCAUACAAAGUUAUACGACCCUCAAGCUACACACAACCCCGAGAAGCCAUUCCCAGUUCCACUCGACUACGACUACCAUGACGCGCGUGGAAGGUGCAGUUGGCUUAGACUCUGCAUAUUACCCAUAAUGAUACCAAGUCACGUAUGGGAUCCUCUGAAAGCCGUGUUCCGAAGAGCAGAAUAUGCAGAUAGAGUGGUUGCGGAGAUGCAGCAGGAAUGCUUGGAUAGAGUCCAAGAAAUUAGGACAAAGCGCAGAGAAGAAGCAAAGGCUAGGAGCGUUGCGAGGAAGGAAGAUCGCGAGGAAAGGGGGAUCGAUCUCGUGGAUAGAUAUGAGGAGCUGGUGGAACGCGUGAGAGAAGAGAAUGAAACCAGAGCUGAACGAAGGAUUUAUGCCAUGGAGCAGCUUGCGCAGCUUGAGCAAAACAGACAUUCGGAUAAUUCAGAUAAUUCGGAAGGGUCGGAUGACGAAAUGGAUAGGGAUGAUAUCUCAGUUGUCUCGUCAGAUGCAGUAAGUAAACAAUACACACUUCUUUGCCCGAUUCGUCUCAAAGUCUCAAAAUUAGUGGCGCAGAGACAGAUCACCUUUUCCUUCCACUCGCACUCUCCUUUCUCUUGAAUAAAACUUAUGCUGAUUCAUUUUAGGAGAUUCUUGACAUGGCGGCUUACUUGAAAGCGAAUCUGCCAGAGGAAAGGGCAAGUCACUUCCUUCUAUCUAUUCCCUUUUUUAAGCUUGGACCAUGUUGAGCUGAAGGACGAUUUCACAACACCUCAUCCUAUUCGAUAUCUUUUCAGAAACAGAAAGGGCACAAGCUAAUUUGUAAUAGGACACUUCCGACUCAGAGGAGUAA